CUGGGCACAUUUGCUGUAACAAAUCUGGUAUAGUGGAAAUCGUGUCUUUUAAACCACAGUGAUAGAGUCGUGCCUUAUAAAAAGCAGUGGUUAUUUCGCGUUAAGAGUCGUGCGCCUUACAACGUAAAAUUAAAUUAUCCAAUUUUUAAGGCUACGAUAACAUGGAUUCUAACAAUGAUGAAACCUUUGAUCAAGUCGCCUCUGGUGCAUCACAUACUUAUCCUCAACAAGCAGGAGCUAUAAAGAAAAAUAGUUUCUGUAUGUUGAAAGGAAAGCCUUGCAAGGUUGUCGAUUAUUCAACAUCCAAAACUGGAAAGCAUGGCCAUGCUAAAGCUCAUAUUGUUGGACUUGACAUAUUUACUGGAAAAAAGUAUGAAGAUAUGUGUCCUACAUCUCAUAAUAUGGAAAUUCCUUUAGUGAAGCGGGCUGAAUAUCAGCUUAUUAAUAUAGAUGAUGGUUUUGUAACUUUAUUGAACGAAGGUGGUGAAACAAAAGAUGAUUUGCGUUUACCAACUGAUUCCGAAGGAAAUCAUGAUGAAGUUGCCAAAAAAAUUUCGGAACUCUUCGAAAGCGGAAGCACCGUAUUGGUAUCGGUUAUAUCUGCUUGUGGUAUGGAAAAAAUUGUUGGCUAUAAGGUCAUUGAUUCUUAAUUUGUUUAUUUGUUAUUGUAUACAAACUUUUCUUCUUGUUUAACACCUUACACAUUUCUAUUAUUUAAACCUUUCUAUUUCAAUUUUCAAUUAAGUGUCAAUAACAAAACAUUAAAGCAAACCUAUCGAUUGCUUUUUCUG